AGACGCUUGCGAAUGUGCGGUUUGAUAAAUUGUUUUUGUAUUAGCCUCUUAUAUCGCAGUGAAGUACAAGACGCUUAGGAACGAAACGAAUCGCAGGAUUGCAGCGGCAUUGCAAUUACCGCCAUUUUCUUAAAUUAUUAGCGAGGUGGAAGACGUUGCCGCAACGAGCGAGUGUCUAUAAUUCGUGGAAAAAAACGACGACAUUACAAUCUGCGCCCCGUUUAUCAUGGGCAAUCUUCUCCAACGCAGCGAGGGGGAGUACGGAUUCAAACGACCCUCGACAACGAGUACUUUAAUACAUGUAUACGUCGCUCGAGGAAACGCACCCACGCGACAUAGGUGACCUCCCAUGCCCUGCGCGCAGCGUGUCCGGUGUCCCUUACCGUCGUCGUCGUCGUCACGAAACGGAGUAGCAGGGAUGACACGAGAACGGGGUGACAGCCGUUUGGAACAGUUCCGAAAGUUGAGCGCUCUGCAUCUCACUUAUUUAAAGUACGUUGGCUUAUGGGCUCCCGACUCGAAUUCGCCCGCGAUCUUGAGGUACUCGUACCACGUGUACAACAAAUCUAUCCUGGCGAUCAUACUCAUCUUCAUGAUGACUCUGUUCGCUGACAUUUGCUCGAGUUUCGACGACCUGUCGAUCGUCACGGAUGACGGGUGCAUCUUCGCCGGGAUCGUCGUCGUGUUCUUCAAGGUGAUGAUCUUCCAAACUCGCCAUGAGCAGAUCGUACGAUUGCUCCGCAAGACCAUCGACAGCUGCGAUCGACUCUGCAAGUUUCCCAUUGGCGGCGAAGACGAAGUCCUGGACAAAUAUCUGCUGCUCUGCCGCGUGACCUUCUACGGGUUCAGCAUUCUGGCUUUCUUCCUCGUGAUCGCUCUACUGUUUCUAGUGCCCGUGGAGAACGGAGAGCUGCCGGUCAGGGCGCGGUACCCCUUCGACACGACCGUCUACCCGUGGCACGGGAUCGGCUUUUUCGUCGAGGCCUGCACCGUCACUAUCGGCGUGACCGCCAUUAUCGGGAUAGACAGCUUGAUCACCAAUCUGUGCGUUUUGUUUCUCGUGCAGCUGGAGAUCUUGAACGCGCAUUUUAAGAGCUGCGGCAGCGACGAGACGUUAGAUGGUGUCGAUAAGCGAGAUAAUUCAGAUGCCACCGGUGGAAACGCUUGUUUCGCGGGAGUAUCUUCCGCGGCCAACUGCGAAAAGGAUAAUUACGAUCUGGACGCGAUUCGCCACGGCUUCACCGAGCGGUUCGGACGAUCCAUCCGCAAUCAUCAACGUCUGCUCUUCGUAGUAGACGACUUCAACAAGAUCUUCAGCGUCGCCAUGUUCGUUCAGAUGCUCUCGAGCACCACGAUGAUUUGCCUAACCGGCUUCCAAGCCGCCUUGGUCAUAGGCCAGAGCUCCAACACUUAUAAGUUUGCGAUAUACCUGAUGGCGGCUGUUUCGCAGCUCUUCUAUUUCUGUUGGAUAGGAAACGAAGUGAUAUAUCAGAGCGCGUCGUUGACGCAAAGCCAAUGGCUCUCGAAAUGGGAUGACGUGCUUUCUGUCAAGACUGGACGUUUGCUAAUGCUGUCUAUGAUAUUUUCAAAAAAAGCGAUAAACCUGAAAGCAGGUGUGUUCUACGUCUUAUCCAUGGAGACGUACACCGCGAUCCUGAAAGGCUCGUACUCCUUCUUCGCUCUGUUGAACACUAUGCACUCAGAAGACGAGCAGUGAAUCCGACAACCCUUCGGCUUUAGUUACCGUAGAAGGUCUGUGGUCGAGUUAUUUCGUUGCGAAGCGUAUUGGAGCGAUGCGAUUGAAAAGCAGCUGUAACACGUGCGUCAGCGAUCCAGAACGAAACGCAUGCCAUUAUUGCUAUGAGGACUGAGGUUUACAUAAAGUGUAUCGCGAGUGAGUUGUUGAAC